GUGUUUCCACUCUUUUGCUUUUCACCGUACAUUUGCAUGGCCUAAAGCUCCAUCGGCUAUUGGAAAGAUGUCUCGCAGCUGUUCUCGGUGCGGGAACAAUGGCCACUACUACUCGCGCACGUGCACGGAGGCUGCAGCUGCUGGAGGUGGAGGAGAGAACGGAAUUAUGCUGUUUGGUGUGCGAGUCACGACGGAGGGAUCCUCCUUCAGGAAAAGUGUCAGUAUGAAUAAUCUGGCGCAGUACGAUCAGCGGCCUCAAGAUUCCAGCGCCGAUGCUGGUUACGCUUCUGACGAUGUGGUUCACUCCUCCAAUUCCGGAAGGAGCCGUGAGCGGAAGAGAGGUGUGCCGUGGACGGAGGAGGAGCACAGACUCUUUCUGUUAGGAUUGCAGAAAGUAGGUAAAGGAGACUGGAGAGGAAUUUCGAGGAAUUUUGUCAGGACGCGGACGCCGACGCAGGUGGCGAGUCAUGCGCAGAAGUAUUUUCUCCGGCAAAGGAACCAGAAUCGGAGGCGUCGCAGAUCUAGUCUAUUCGACAUCACCACCGAUACGAAUUUACAGUUCGCGAGUUUUUCCAUUGAAGGAGAACAGAGCUACCGAGAAAAUGUUAUGCCACAGCCGAUUCCAUUACCAAGAAGUUUUCCGAUGUCAACGCUUCCGGUAACUCUAAGUCCGGUGAUCUUACCAGGCUCCGGGGAAAGCUCGAUGGAGAAACUCGCACUAGGACCGGCCAAUCAGGGAAAAACAUCUCCCAACCUCACCCGUCCGUUACCUAUUCCUCCAAUUCCUCGGUCAGCAAAAAUGGCGGAUCUUAAUUUGAACCUGAAACAUCCCACGGAGGACUUGCCUUUAUCACUGAAGCUAUCUACACCAUCGUCGGAGGGGAAGCAACAACCGUCACCAUCGCCGUCGUCGUCAACGCACUCCUCUGGUUUCCGCGAUAGCAUAAUCAGCGUUGCUUGAAGAAUACGUAUAUAAAUGUGAUUGGAUGUUAGAUUUGCAUUAAUUAGGAUUUAGGAAAGAAAAGGAUUAGAUAAUUAGGUGAUUGAUUCCUUGUUUAUUCAGGCUGAUUAAGAGAGGAUUAAGAAAGUACGUUGUCGUUUUCCGGUAAUGGGAGUAUACUUCUUGGCACCGGGACCGUAUUGUCUAUGUUAUUGGGUCUGUCGGUCCUCUUGGGGAACUUUUAGGGAACAAAUAAAAUUUAGAAAUUGAA